GUGUGUGGAUGAGCUCUGGACCUGGAUAAGGUGUAGACAGUCGGUGCCAUGGAGCAGGUGGGCCAGGUGAGGGGUAAGGAGGCCUCUGCCUCUCUCUGAGUCCCCCCCACCGUCUUGCUGAACCUCAGUUUUCUCAUCUGCCCAGUGGGGCCAGGUAAUGCAUGAGUCACGGGCAGAGGCCCUGAGCUGGUCUGGACCCCCUUCCUCCUCUGUCUUUGCCUUGAGCCCUAGAGUUGGGCACUGUUCCUUUAACACGGGAGGAGGGGCCAAGGCAACCGGAAGCCAGGCAGUGCCCGUGCCCCCAGUGGGCAGCCUGCAGCGGGGCUGGCAGGGGCCGAGGUGGUCCGGGGACUAUCAGGCAGGGAGCCUUGGGGUUGGUGGCGGCGGUAUGGAGAGCCACGGCAAGACGGAGCCCUUCCACGUGGCCACGCCUCUGCUGGAGAGCUGGGCGCUGUCCCAGGCGGCGGGCACCGCUGUCUUCCUCAAGUGCGAGAACGUGCAGCCCGCCGGCUCCUUCAAAAUCCGGGGCAUCGGGUACUUCUGCCAGGAGAUGGUCAAGAAGGGAUACAGACACCUGGUGUGCUCCUCAGGGGGCAACGCAGGCAUCGCCGCCGCCUACGUGGCCCGGAAGCUGGGCGUCCCCGCCACCAUUGUGCUGCCGGAGGGCACCUCCCCGCAGGUGGUGAGAAGGCUGGAGGGCGAAGGGGCCGAGGUUCAGCUGGCGGGAAAGGUCUGGGAUGAGGCUAAUGUGAGGGCACAGGAGUUAGCCAAGAGGGAUGGCUGGGUGAAUGUCCACCCGUUUGACCACCCCCUGAUAUGGGAAGGCAACGCCAGCCUGGUGCGGGAGCUGAAGGCAGCCCUGGGAACCCCGCCAGCGGCCCUGGUGCUGGCUGUGGGGGGUGGGGGACUCCUGCUCGGGGUGGUGACUGGUCUGGUGGAGGUGGGCUGGCAGCACGUGCCCAUCAUCGCCAUGGAAACCCGUGGGGCGCACUGUCUCAAUGCGGCCACAAAGGCAGGCAAGCUGGUCACACUGCCAGACAUCACCAGCGUGGCCAAGAGCCUGGGUGCCAAGACGGUGGCCGCCCGGGCCCUGGAGUGUGCCCGGGAGUGCGAGAUCCUCUCUGAGGUGGUGGAGGAUGCCGAGGCUGUGUCUGCGGCGCAGCGGUUCCUGGAUGAUGAACGGAUGCUGGUGGAGCCCGCCUGCGGGGCAGCCUUGGCCGCCGUCUACUCCGGCCUCCUGGGGAGACUCCGGGCUGAAGGCCGCCUGCGCCCUGCGGCUCCAGUUGUGGUCAUCGUGUGUGGAGGCAACAACAUUAACAGCCGGGAGCUGCAGGCUCUGAGAACACAGCUGGGCCAGAGCUGAGGAGCUCUGGCCGGUGGGGGCUGUGAGGGCCCCAGGGAGCCCUGGGAGGCGCACGGACGCCCUUGUGGACAUGGUGGAGGCUGCCCUGUGCGUCUACGCAGGCCGCCGCCCGUGGAAGCCCUCCCGAGCCACAACCACAGCCCCUAAUAAACCUUUUCUUGGUUAAGUUUGCACCUUC